AAAGCCACGUGCAGUUUUGUUUUUGGGCCAAAUUUGUGAUCCGGUCACCUAAAAUUCUGGACGGUGCGGUGCUUUGGGGCGUGUGAGCAUACUUGUGGCGGUGUCAUUGGUGUCAUCGCUACGUUGGGAAAGGUACUGAUUUGGCCUUCAGCUGUUCCGCAUCAAGGUGCCCAACGAGGUGCACCCAGUUCCAAACUUCACGAGGUCGCGCUGAAUCUGACUUGAGGCCGGUGGGCGAACUUCGUGCUUAACGACGUGCACAAUGGCGACUGUUGUGGUCCUGGGUGGAGGAAUCACUGGCCUCGCAACAACUCACUACCUCGCCUCCCUUGGCAAAGACGUCAUCAAGAAAGUAAUUCUGGUGGAGCGUACAGCACGACUGGGGGGUUGGGUACGUUCCAGCCGGUUUCCCGACGGCACUGUCUACGAGCAUGGACCCCACGGCUUGCGCACAGCCGGCGAAUCCGGUCGUAACACACUGCAGCUGGUGGAAGAGCUCGGCCUUCACAGCCAGGUCCUGCCGGUAGCGUCCAGUUCCCCCGCGGGGAAACAGCAGCUGGUGCUGGCAAAGGGGAGGCUGGGUCCGCUGCCCAUCAGUUUCGGCCGGCUGCUGUGGCCGGGUUCCCCCUUUACAACUCCGCUGCUGGUGCCCCUCCUCAAGGACCUUUUCUGGGCGGGCACCCCGGGGGAAAACCAAGACGAGAGCGUGCACGACUUCACCGUGCGCCGAUUCAACCGCCAGAUCGCAGACUAUAUCAUGGAUCCUAUGGUUCGGGGCAUCUGCGGCGGCUCCUCCCACGAAGUGAGCCUGCGUGCCCUGCUUCCCAACGUCUUCAAGGCGGCCAGGGAACACGGCUCGGUCGUGCGGGGCCAGCUGCGACAGGUGCAAGCCGCCACGGCAGCCCGGCUUGCGCAAGCUGCUUCAACCCCUGCCGGAAAAACGACACGCACGACGAUGGCGGAGAAUGCGACAAGCACCUCGGCAAAUGCAACAGACUCGCACGUGCACGCCGCAGGCAUCACGGCAGGGGUGGCGAGUGCAGCGGACGCAACGAACGCUGGCGCGACGAGCGCACCGGCGAGCCUUCACUCUUUGUCUUCUGGGUGGGCCAUGUGGAACUUGAGGAAUGGCCUACAGCAGCUCUGCGACACCCUCUCUCUCAGGCUGGAAGAGGAUCCCCGCACGCACAUCUACGUGAACGAGCAUCACGUCGCGCUGCAAAGGGAUCCCAACGGCCACCUCAUGGUGAGGCGCGCAGGCAGAUGGUGCCACAUUUUGCAGUGUGUACAAUGCCCGUGA